AUGCAUGACUCUUUCCCCUCUGGAAGCAAAAUAGCUCAAGAAACUAAUUCAUCAGAACAACUUCACCAAUGGUGCAAUGAACAUUGUUUACCCCAUCAUGAACACUCACAACAUUCCCAUUUACAGCAAAAUGCGAGGCCGUCUCCUUUACUUGUUUGGUCUGUUGGUCUUUCCUUUGUUACAGUUGUGGGGCUAUGUGCAGUUGUAGGAAUUUUGGUGAUGCGAGUUCUCACCAAAAAAUACUACAAUCGCUUCAUCACAUUUUUUGUCAGUGCUUUUGACCUGGCUCAGGAGCACUCUCAUGGGAGUUUUGGCGAAGAGCAUACCCAUGACAAUCACGACUACCUGAACAAGUCUUUCGCGGCAAUUAUUGGGAUCUAUUUGUUUUUCUUUUCGGACAAAAUCAUCAAAAUUGUCGUCGAAUCAAGAAAGCGACCCCAGAAAGACUCAGCAGAACUUCACCAAGCAAGGCAUCGACAUGGCAACUCGAAAACAAAGGAGCACCCAGAGAAUGGGCAGCCAACAAAUGGAAAGGAUUUGAAGGCGGACCAGAGCAAUGAGAAUUUACUUCGUACUAAUGAAGGAAAAGAUAAAAGGUUCGAUACACAUGCUUUAUGUAUCCACGAUCAUGAUGUAAAAGAAGGCGAUUCAGUAAUUGCUACAGUCGCUUGGAUGAUUAUUCUCGGUGAUGGGUUACACAAUUUUAUUGACGGUGUUACCAUUGGUGCUUCAUUUUCUGAGUCGUUAUUGAGCGGUAUAAGUGUUAGUGUGGCUGUGCUUUGUGAAGAAUUCCCUCAUGAAUUAGGGGAUGUUGCAAUCCUUUUAGACUCGGGUAUGACAAUGCGUCAAGCAUUGUUUUACAAUUUACUUUCUGCUUUAACUUGUUAUAUUGGAUUCAUUAUUGGAGUUUUGAUUGGAAAUAUAACACACACAUUUGCUGCUUAUACUUUUGGUUUUGCUGGAGGAAUGUUUUUAUACAUAUCGCUUGGCUGUAUGAUGCCUGAAAUGAAAAAUGCAAUGGAAAAAGCCUUAAAUGUUUCACGCAAAAGUGGAUUGGAGGUUUUAGCACUCCAAACGUCAGGACUAUUAACAGGGCUAGCAUGCAUGUAUUUAAUGGCGCGUUAUGGGGAAAAUAUAGAAUUUUAA